AUGGCCAGUAGUACUACAACCUCCUCCUCUGUUCAAACCAACAGUGCCUUAGUCUCCAACAACGUCGUUGCAGCUUCUACUGUCUCUGUUUCCGCCAGCGCCAGCGCCAGUGCCAAUGGCUCCAAAAACUCCACUUCCAAAAACGCCGCCCCCGGUAUGGUUGUUAACCCUGUCUCCUGGAAGUACGGUUUCGUAAUGGCCGCCUUCGCUGCUGGUUCCUUCGUUCUAGGUGCCGGUAUCUAA